AGCCUUAUCGAUCGAAUAGAAAGAGUCGAACGCGACGCUAUAAACAGCAGUUGAUUUUCAGAGUUCCAACAAGCAGCACACAAAAGCAGCGUCUAAAAAGUUAUUAACGCAUUGCAGACACUUGAAUAAUCAGGCAUUAAGAUGAAACUUUUCGUUGCACUCGCUCUCUUUGCGUGCCUCGGCUCCGUGGCCCUGGCCAACAACGAAGAGUACUGCCAGAACACCGUAAUCACCGCCUGCUCUUCGUCGGCCUUCUCGGGCAACUCCAUCUGUAAUGCCCGUUAUGCCGGCAUUGACCAUGUGGAGCCCGAGAUUCAAUCCUACAUCAACGCCCAGUUGGCAAAGUCGUACGACUACCUGCUCCUGGCCACCCACUUCAACUCGUACCAGAAGAACCGCCCCGGCUUCCAGAAGCUGUACCAGGGUCUCUCUGACCGCUCCUUCGAUGACAGCAUUGCCCUGAUCAAGCAGGUGACCCGCCGUGGUGGAGUCGUGGACUUCAACACCCGUCACGAGUCAUCUGGCUCUGUGAGCACCAAGCGAGGCACUUUGGAGGUCGAUGAACUGCACUCCCUGGCUCUGGCUUUGGACACUGAGAAGCAGCUGGCUGUUGGCGCCACCCACGUGCACUCUCGUGCCACUCACGCCGCCGAUGCCGAGCGCGAUCCCGAGCUGGCCCACUACAUCGAGGAGAACUUCCUGGGCAAGCAGGCCGAGACCGUGCGCAAGCUGUCCGGCUAUGCCAACGACCUCGCCAAGCUGAUGAAGGUUCCGGACCCAUCUCUGUCCGUCUACCUGUUCGACGAGUACCUGCAGAAGCAGUAAAGAGUGGAGAGAACAACAUUCUCCUCUUCCUCCCAACACUCCUACACUAUUCCCUCAAAAUUGCUCUCAUAAAUCCCUUAUAAAUUAAUUUGUUUCCUUGGUUUGUUCAUCAAUAAAUCGCAGUGCAUCAGCAGCAUUAUCAAAGCAGCCAAAAAUGAAUGAUUUACGCCCAGAAUCACCUUGAUUUACCAGCACAUCAGAUUGUGAUAAUGUUAUCAUAAAUAAGUUAGCAAGUUCGCCCCAGCAAUGUAUCUUUAGCAUGUACGUUACCGCUUGAACAAAUAAACACAACAAAGUAACUAAAUAUCAACUAGUAAAA